AUGUCUGAAGCAUCUGGUCCAGAUAUUGCCGUAAUCAUUGGUCCUGUUGUCCCUUCCGUUGUGCUGUUAUUACUACUCGGUUUUCUCUUCUUCCGCUGGUACAAGCGCAGAGGAAUAAAUAGGGCAGAGCAAGGGCCUGUGGCCAACGAGGAAGAGCCAAAGGAGGAUAAGCCACAGUUGCACUCCGACUGCAUCGUACGUCCAACCUUCGAGCUCGAGGGAUCCGCGCCCAAGGUACCCGAAGAGAUCAAUAUGUCAUCAAACGAGGAGUCGGAGAUGCCUGCGAAUGAGCCAGCAGCACACGAGAUGUCGGCGGAUAGAAAGAUCCAGAGGAAGCCAGUCAGGACUCGAGUUGGAAGCGUCACAGAGGAAUCCUGA